AUGAUCGAGGCCAAGAGCAGCCGCGGGCCAAUGCUAUGUAUCCGCGGCCUGGAGAGCGCUGGGCGCCGGGCUGUUUGGCCCCCGUCGUCUUCGCCAGGGCUGUCCUGCUCUUGUCUGCAUCACAGCCGCCGGUUGAUCUGCGCCGCGGAGGACCUGCUGUCUGUCUUCCGGCGCCGAGAUCUCUCGCCGGGUUCAAGCCUUGCGCCCUCUGUCUCGGCCGCUCCCGAAAAGCCGUCCUUCAACCUUGCUGCGAACCGCUGUUCGGGCACCCGAUCCCCGGCCAUCGCAUCAAUGUCGUCAAAUAGCCAGUCUCCGAGCUGGCUGUCGCCGCCGAGCAUCCCUGAAAUCUCGUCCAUCCUCGGCGAUGCCGACCAAUUCAGCCUCGCCCCGAGCAAUCCAACCAAGACCGGGCAUCACCAGGAUGCUGUUACUGCUGGAAACAACGCAGCCUCGACUUCCAAUCGUCAAUGGCGACCAAGCCCGUUGCCUGAUCCCACAUCGGCCCUGCAGCACAAGUCGAGGAAUGCUGGGCUUGGGCUUGGGCUGCCGCCCCCACAGGCGUCGCUCAAACGUCGUCCAUCGAGGCAGACUUAUUUCAACGACACGAAGGCUUUGGCAUCGGCGGCUCUGGUCUAUCAAGACUCGCCAUUCAGCGUUGGUUCGCCUGGGCCACUCCAAGACUCGACUGAGGACCUAGCCAACCUUCUCAGCUUCCAAUACGACUCGGAAGAACCGGGCGAUGCUCCCCUGGACAUUCCGCAGAGCAAGCGAACCAAAUGGGAAGGCGACGACAGAGAGUCGGAAGUUGUGGUAAAACCCGAAGUAAUAGAAAUAAUCGACUUGACAGACGGCCCGAUCGAUACCAAAUUGGAGGCGGACAUGAUCUUUGAGGACUUUGAGGGAGAAUAUGUGAUAUCCAAUCACAAAUCGCCCGACCCCUGCGAAAUACCGCCAGCGCCGUCCGAUCCUGCCAGCCAUACGACGGUACAGCCCCAACCCAUCGCGCACGAGUCGCAGGAAGGCGCCUCGACCAGGCCGGGGCAGAAACACUCACAUCUGGAAUACAAUCUGCAUUCGACGAUUCAGUUUCGAUGCUUCGACUCGGGAGAGCAUGGCUGGAAGCUGUCGUUCAAUCCAUUCGAUCAAGAACAGAGCAUCUUUGCAAUGGCUGGCGACGGCCUGCUCUCGGUCUGGAGCUGCAAGGCUGCACACCGAACGCAAAAUCUGCUGUCGCGCCGGAUUCUCGACGACAAAAGAGCCAAGGCUGCGCUCUACGCUGUGGAGUGGCUCUACGAUGCAGAGCUUCGGGAGGUAUACGUGGCCGUAGGCGGCAACAGCUCGGCCAUCAGCGUUUUUGGGCUCUCGUCCAAUAGCCAUAGACUCCUUCAAUCUCACGGCGCAGACAUCAACGAUCUCAAGAGACACCCGCGGGACGACGUGAUUCUGGCAUCGGCCAGUCGAGAUCGCAGCAUCCGGAUAUGGAACGCCAAGCGUGGGAUGCUUCUGGCCAUCCUUGGCGGAUGCGGGCACAAGGACACCAUCUAUUCGAUUAACUUCAACGACGACGGCACACGGCUCAUCUCCAGCAGCCACGACCAUCAAGUGCUCGUCUGGGACUCGUAUACACCCGAGCUUGCUGAGCUCAUGGAGCGCUCGCACUCGCUGGACCGACAGCCAUCAUCGUACAUUGGACUUCGAUACCGGACCGAUGGGCCGACCCAGAUCAAGGACCACGUGCUGCGAGUCUACUUUCCGCUCGAGCAGCGCUCGGACAUCUUCCGGAGCAUCAUCGACUGGUCAUCGUGGUUCGGUUCCGCCGCCGUCUUCACCAAGGGCAUAUCGGGGAGGAUCAGGCUGUGGAAAUACGAAGAAUCGCCUCAAGCCCAAGAGUCUCGUCAUAUCAAGCUCACGGGGUCGGAAUAUGGCUUUCCCCUCCUGCGGAAGGUCACGCCGAUCAUUUAUGAGUUCACGUAUCCAGAAGAAAUCCCCGUGUACUUUAUUUUCCCACACAUCAGCCCCAGCGGGCGGUAUCUGGCAGUUGGCAAUUCGCAUGGAGACGUGUUUAUCUGGGAUAUUUUGGAUGAGCUCAAUCGGGGGCUCAAUCAGCUGGAAUCCAAAUGCAGAAUCAAUGGUACCCGGCGGAAAAUGCCCCGCUGGCACAAGUGUCUGGUGCGAUCAGUGUGCUUCAGCAACGACGACCGUUUCCUCGUCUCGAUCAGCGACGACGGGGCCUUGUGUGUCUGGGAGAAGCGGAUCAUCAAGACCGAAGAGCCCUAGCCGAGCGCAUGCCCGAGCAAUAGACAUUCUCAUUCGCCGCCACUCGUCUUCGCCAUGUCAGCGGUGGCCUGGGCAUCUCCUCUGUCUGGGGCGGCGUACAGUAUGUUGAAGUAACGAUGAGACACAUCGUCUCAUUCGGACAAACACGGCGUAAUCGGAUCAUAUCACACACUCGAUCAAGUGAGUCAAAUCAUUACCUGGGAUGAGGGAGAAAGACA